GUGUGGCUGAACUCAAUUCAAAUCUAAAAAUGUCUUGAUUUGACCGCUUCUGAAAAUUUUCACGAAUUGUCGAUGUGAUGCACCAAUCAUUUUGUGACUGUUUGACCUUCAAGUGCUCGCAAUCCCCAACAGUGGACGAUACCCUAGGAGCGUUGCCUAUUUAUCAGCUGUGUUUCCACAGAGAAGUCUGCUUUCGUCUUAAUGCAUGUGGGAUUCUCCAGUAUCUCACCAGAAUGAUGUACGCUUCAGUAACGAGAUUUUAUUCUCGGAUAGUAUUUUGACCACAACAGACUGAUUAUAAUCGGUCCUCCACAAAUUUAUUGCUUUUUGCACACAGCAACAUUCCAUGUAGGGACUAGAUUUCAGCCACUGAAAAGUUUUUGAAGUUUCUAGCGGUUUGUGUUAGCACUCCGAGUCUACGUAGGAUUAUUACCAAUUUCUUUUCCUUUUUAUUGUUAACAUACCUAGGUUCCUGCCUGGAGGAUUUGGUCAUCCCCUGCUACUAGACACGGAAGCCUGUUAAGCGAAAGCUUCUUCUAUUCCGUCCACAACCAUUUGAACCAUUUGAAGUUCUCGUAUAUUUACGAAAAAUCGUUUAUUUCCUUUUCUCAAUACAGAAUGCUUACUUUUAAUCAAAUCAUUGUUUUAGUGUAACUUUUCCAUCGGAUCACUCUUCACUGUACUGAUUUUAAAUGUGGAGACAUGAAAUGACAGUUGUUUCUCUCGAAUCAUACAAUACGUACUUGUGUAGCAAUUUGAAAAAAUCUAUGAAUGUCCAAACCUUGUUGUCUCAUCGUCUCAUAAAUUUACCAGCUGCUGACUACCUAGUUAGUGUCUUCGCAAUCAUCUUGACCUGUGGCUGGAAACGUUGGAUGAUAUAGCUAAAAUUUAUUUGUAGUACCAGUGAGUUGCUCAGUUUCUUUUCCCAGUCCCUAUAUUUUAAUAUUAUUGCAUACCUUUUUUCCUGUCUUUCGGAGUCACAUUCUCGACUUUUGGUUCUUACCAUCAUUAUUUCUGCUGUAGUUCCAACUUCUUUCCCAUCCAUCAGACCAACUUCGUCCCAUUAUCUGGAUAGAGUGUAAAAUGUUAAAGCAAUGAACAUACGUCCAUACGUUGUUUGUAACUGACUGAUUGUUAAAGUGUUAUUUGACAUGCCUCUAUAUUGCUCUGUGCAUAACUUUGUCUGUCUGAACUGCAUAGUAUAUUUUAUCGCCUAAAGAUGUGUAAUAGUGUGUUUGCACCAUCUUUAAAUGUUUGUCGUUGUAUUACUUUUAAUCCUAUUACGUUUCCUAGGUCUUGAUAAAUACCACGUGGAUUACUAGAUCAUAUUCAUGAAUUCACCAAAUUCUAACCAUCAUUGUUUACUUCGUCACGAUCCUGUUACUGCACGUGCCAUUUCACGUUUAAGUCAUGGAGUUGCUCGUUUGACUGCAAGCCUUAAUCCCGAUAGACAGUAUCGACAUUUUCGUACCAGACACGCAAAAUCCAGGAACAGAACUGAAUCAGAAUCUAUAUUGAACGACCGCCAAUCUAUUACAACAGGUUCAAAACGUAAAUGGCAACCGGAUAAAAUUGAACUGGAUACAAUCAUGGAAUUGGAACAUUCCACGGCUGUUUGUUUGAAACCUGUGCAAUCACCACCAUCAUCGUUAUUAUUAUCAUCGUCAUCAUCAAACAUGGAAUCAUUACAGCAUGUAUCCGUAUCGAUAGAUGCUUUAAAUUUACAAACUAAACCAAUCCCACCCUUUUCUUGUUCAAAUCCUAUGUUGUAUAAAUCACUAAGCUCCGAUCAUAUUGAAGCCGUGGGACGUUAUUCUUCAGGAUCGUCAAUGCUUUCAAUCACUGGAUCAUCAGAUAAUAAUUCUGAGAGUGAUGCUUCGUCACAUGAUGCUGACAUUGAAGAUGCAGAUCAUGGUGACUUAAUCUGUUUCAAAGGUGGUAGAUCGUUGACAAGAAUUAGUAGACGUAAAUCAUCUAUUCUCGAUAAACAUUCUUAUGAAUUAUGGAGACCAAUGGAUACUGUGUAUCAUGCUUCUGGGGGAGGCGGUGGUGGCGGUGAUUCAUCGGACGGCCUGUCAAUAAAUAUUAAAAUUCCACGAUUAACAUCAAUACACUUACAUAAUACAACUGGAUUAUAUUGUGAACAUUCAUCGUCUAGGUUAUCACCGGUUAUCUCAUCUAGUUAUCAACAAACUAAAAGAAAUACUAUCAGUGGUAUGUUAGCCUCGUCAUCAUCUGAUACAAAUCAUUGUCGCCGUGGUCGUCGUAACAAGAAAUGCAAGUGUAGACCGCGAAAUAAGAGUGAUACUACUGAUGAUAAACAUGGAGAGUAAGUAUAUACAUUUUUCUACUAUUGUUGCCGAGUGUAUAAUAUUCAAUUGUGUUUAUCUCUCACUUAAAUAUAUAUUUAUUCAAAAUUUAAAAGAAUUUCAUACGCUUAGUUCCCUGUAUUAUUUUAAGGAGAGCAAGAACAGAGAAUUAAGUAGAAUGACAUAAAUUCAUUUUAUGUCGUUAGGUUCUCAUCAGUUGCUUAUAACCUAUAAUAUUUUAGAAUCAAGAUUAUCGUAGUGUUUACAUACUUCUCAAAUUUGCCGAAGCCAUAACUAUCAAACGCUUCAAGUUGGAUUUAUUUAUCUAAAAGGAGACACUUGCGAAUCCUUCUUUACCAUGGUGACCUUAUCGUCAGCUCAUUACGUCAUUCUUGCAUUUUUUCUCCUACUUUGACUGUAUCAUUUCCUUUAAAUUCAUAGUUUUAUUUUUAGCUAACUGAUCUCAGCUCAUAUCAUUCUUAAUUGCAAUUAAUUUAUGUCCAACUACUUCAUUACGUAACCAAUUAGUUAUCUUAGCUAUAUGAUCCCUUGUUACUAUGUCUGAUGAUCCAGAAUCUUCACUUAGGUAUUACAUUUAUUUCCAACACUGGGUGUCUUCACUUUCAUUACUCCACCAUGAUGAUAAGUAUCCAAUUUUACUGUCCCAAAUUCGUAAGCUUAACGGUAAUUUAGAUCUUAAAAUAUGACAGGUUGUAAACUGCUAAUGAGAACCUAGCCACAUAAAAUGAAUCCAUGUUACUCUUCAUAUUUCUUUGCUUUUGCUCUCUCUCUCCCUUAGAUAGUUUGACGUAGUCGAUAAGAAUCCAGAGUCUUAGACGUUUUAUCUUAGUUGAUACCCGUUUAUGGGGCGCAUUUGUAAUGUCACUCUCGGGGUUCGAUCCCACAUCACACAGUACCACAAGUAACCUGGAUGAUAUGGUAGUGUAAAUGGUAAACAUUCAACUAACAGGUCACAGAUUCAAAUCCUUGUCCAAUUCCUUCAGUUCAGGCAACUAGAAAGCAUCACAGGCAAAUAAAAAGUAUGAAAUAACUCAGCCUCAAAUGCAGUAGAAUAUGACGAAUGGAUACUACCGUACCAUUGUGGCUGACUUUGAGUUGUCAUCCAAUGUAUGCAGCCAUAGUUUAUGGCUAUUACGCAGGCUUUAACGAGAAAUUUUAUUUUAUAGAGAACAUAUAUUAUUGAAUAAAUCAAUUAUUAAUAAGUAUUCACUAACACCGUCAUUGAGUAUCCAUAGAUAUCUACAAUUCAUGUAUGGAACCUCAUAAAAAAUUUAUUGUUACUGAAAAAAUGUUAUCGUUGCUAUUAUUUAUCAUUUAUUCCUCUAUUAGACAUAUCUGUCAUAAAAGUUGUAUCAAAAAUGGCUCACAUUCUUCGUCUAGUUCAUCAUUGUCAACUGAAGAAUCAUCCGAUGAGAAACGUUCGAAAGGUAUAUUCAAAUAUAUUUUAUCAAGUUAAUUUCUACAGCCUUAUUUACCCAGUUAAUCUUCUAUACAUUUUGAUAUUAUUUAACUAUUUAAUAUACGUAAACGGUUUAACAUCGAGGAUACUGUGCACUACUAGUUUAACAGUGUGUCAUUCCACUUGGAAAUAAUACACAGUAAGACUGGAUUGGCAAAAUGAUAAAAAUGUUAUCAGUAUGAGUUUGUAGAGAUUGUUGAGUUUAUUUGAGAUCACGAAUCGAUCGAAGUUAGACAACCAUUGGAAACCUGGAAAUAUUGGAAUGGCUUUCUCCCUAGUAUGGGAAUCCCCGGCAGUUUUCAAUAUCGCGGAUUGAUUGAAGUUAGAUUUGUACAUUAUUGGGUUCUGGAUUAGUGAUUUAGAGGCUAAGCGUUCGCGCGUGAGACGGGUCCUGGGUUCGAGUCUCACGUGCGGGAUCGUGGAUGUUCACUGAUACGAAACGGCCGUCCAGUGCUUCCAGAUUUUCACUGGUGGUCUAACAUUUAUCGGUUCAUGAUUUUAUUGAAAUGCCACUAUCACCAUAACCCCAAACUGAACAUAUAUCCUUAUUGUAUGGUUAUUAAGCAGCUACAUUACUGUGUCUAUGUAUUCUGUUUAUCAUAAGUUUUCUGUUGACGCAUUAGCUAGUCAUACGACUUACUAUUCCUAAUUUGUUACCACUCCAUUACUCACCUUUUCUCUCAUUUAGAGCCACUUUUGGCUUGUUCAGGUAUAAUUGUUACUUUUCAUUUCGUGAUGUGAUACGUUCCUGCAUGUCUGUAUAUAAACCAUUUCUGUUGAGAAAUAAUUAUAGUGGAAAUUGCUUGUUGACCCAAGGCAGGGCAUAGAGAGCAGCUUGUGAUGGGUUUAUUAGAACUUAGCUGUUGGCUCAAGAUUAAUAGUUCUUGUCAGGAGUGUGAUUGGCGGGUUUGGAUACACUAGACUAUCGAGGAAAAACGAGACGCGAAAUGGACCAAAUUAAAAUUGGGAUUUUGAUUGUUGACUUGGCACGUGAUAUUGGUCAACCGUUCUAAGGUUAUAUGAGGGGGAUUAUUAUUAUUAUUAUUAUUAUUAUUAUUAUUAUUAUUAUUAUUACUAAAGUAGUUGUAUUAUUCAGUAAUCAAAACAAUCUUAAAAGACCUAUGUUGUUUAAUUUGGCUACAUUUAACAGUAUAUUAUACUGGUCAAAUUCUGAAAUGAUCUUUUUUCCCUACGUAAAUACCGUUUCUGGUGUUUAACAUGACUCUUUAAACUGAAUUAUGCCAUUUUUACGUUAAAAUAUAUAAUAUUGACGUCCAACUCUCGCUGGAUGACCUCUAACAAUUAUAAUGAUAAUAAAAUGUUUCCAUAAGUAUAUUAGGUCUGAUCAAUAUGCGAGAUACAUAAGAUGAUCCCUGUAAUUCUUUUACCACUUGGUGAUGUUAAAACAAGUUAGUCGCACGAUACGGGAUUUAUUACAACUGCAAGUCAGAAUACUUACUUAAAAUUCGUAUCAAUAGUACAGAAUCUCAAGAUAUGUUCUCUAUUAAAUAUUUCCUCACCAUCUGUUGACACUUGUGAUAUAACAAACGACAACGAACUGAGCUAAUUUUAACAAGACAAAUUAAAAUAGGUAGAUGAAUAACUAGUACAUGAAUCUUUAAUGUAGUCAAACAAAUCAAUAACACUGACCCUGGCAGCCACAUUGACAGAUGCUAUCAACUGUAUUAUAGCAUAAAAUUUAGUGGUUAUGUGCUAUGAUAGUUUUCUUUUAUCUUGUGCUGAAAUAGUACUAUAUUGCAUAUCUGUUAGUGUACGUGAUUUGGAGCACAAGCUAGUGGCUAUCAGGACUCAGUAGCUAAAUGGAUAACGCGGUGGCGUUUGAAACGAACGGUAUUGGGUUCGAGUCCCGGAGUGAACAUCAACAGUAAGAUGCAGGUACAUCCUUUUGACGAGUCCCAAAUAGGAUGAAACGCGCAUCAUGGAUUUCACUGCUAGUCACCAUCCAUCUUUGCUUACAAGUCUAUAUUUAGUUUGUCUUGAAAUAAUAAAUUCAGCUGUAAUUCGCUAUUUAUUGUCCAACUAUACCUUAAUGUUGACUUAACGUAACUAAAUAUUUCUCUGUGUUUAUCAUACACAAAAGUGUUUCUUUUAUGUAUUCCAAGAUUAUCUAUUUUUAAAUACAAGAAUCAUUUCACAUCUGAUUAAUCUUUGGAAACUAGCUAUUAGUGAAUGAUUGUUUCAUCCUAUAUAUUCUUUUAAACUCCACCAUUAUGAAUCAACAAUGAUCCAGUUUGAAUUAACGUUUCCUCAGACUCCCCAGUCUAUAUUUAGUGGUUAAUUAUUUACAGUUGUAAUGUUAUUUUUCAUAUUUCGAAGGUUUCAUUGUAUACAAACAUCGAUUCACCUCUAUACCGGAACAUCAGAACACUUGUGAUACUCAUAUGAUGAAUGUGACUUGUCGUAAUAAGAAAACUAUUCAAAAAAUCAUCAAAUCACCAUCUACCAUAACAGAUAACAAUCGUUGUAAAACAGUUGUUGAUCCGUUCAAUUCAAAAUAUCAGUUAGAUGAUUCAACUAAUUCAACUCUAGAUGAACCUGUUGAUCCGGAACUGGCUAAUCUUUUACAUGUAAGAUCAGGUAUUUUAUCUCUCCAUUCUUUUUUCUUUAAUUGUUUUUCCACAUGGAAGUACCGAGACGGAUAGAAAAUAAUCAAUGCAAGUUGUAAAGAUUAGUAGCAAGAGAUUGGUUGCAUAUUAGAGUGAAACAUCUUUUCAGUUCUCUUUAGUUUCUGAUAGUUUUCCAGACGAUACUAAUUUGUGAUGUAGUUUUCAUGUAUAUUAUUAUUGGCUCUUAAAAUCUAUAACAAAGUAACUUUGUAUGAAUAUGGAGGAUUUACUUGGAGUGGGACAACCGAGAUUCCCAACCAACGAUCUACAUGGGUUAUGGGAUCCUGAAGGAAAAAAAAUAGAGUAUGAACCUAUUUUUGUUCACUGGCUACUAUGAAACUACAUCUCCUAACGUUACUCCACUACCUCAUGGAUUAGACCUGUAAGUCAAAGGCUUGGAGAGUGACCUCCUCUCUGUGCCCACCAGCCCGAUUAAAGCGCCUGUCAUACGCUUUUCAUCCUCUCAAUUUCGUAGACAACACCCGCACCGAGAGAAGGCAGUGAGUAUGACUUCCCUGGCAGUGGUUGUAUGCACUUGGCCAUGUGAGAACAUUUCGAGAGUGAGAGUUGACUCUCCGCACUCUUGAAGGAAUAUUAUUCCUUAGCCUAACAAUCAUCUCUUCAAUUUAUCUAUAUUUAUAUAAAUUAUGAUUAUGUUCAUUUGUUUGAUUAUGUUUUGCUUUUUUCCUUAUAAUCUUAAUAAGGGAACUUGGCCAUUAUUAAGUACCAGAGCAAAAUUAAAUUAUACAAAAGCAAUGAAUUUAUCUAAUUCAAAACGAUAUCCUAAUUUAAAAAAACGCAAUACAUCUAAUAAUCAUAAAAUGAAAGAGGAUUCAAAAUCUAUCCAACAAAAUUCAAUUAAAUUUCUUCCAUCUAAAUUAAAUCAAUUUUAUAUACAAAAUUAUUCAAUAUGUAAGGUAAAUUUUGAUUUACAAUAAUUAUGUUUGUUUGUUAUUUUAUUAUUAUUACUAUACUUUUUGUUAUGAGACCCGAACGUUGUUGCUACCUUGAUGUGGUGGCUAGGCUUGCCCAUCGUGAUGAACCAAUCCAGCUAUACUAGCUGGAACAAUCGUUCCUCAAUAUCCUACCAUGCCAGACAGGUCGGUCGAAAAGCGGUAAGACUAAAAGCAGCGAACCCAAGGUUCGAGAGAGAAGUCGUACUGCUGACUGUACAGAGGUAUGACAGCAGUAUGGUGUUUCCUUCAGACAACCGGUAUAACAGUGACCCUGCCUUCGCACAAGGGAUGGUGGGGUUAGAAAAGAUCGACCCUAAAAAUGCACACCUCGCCUUAUCCCACAGACAUCCGUCUCUGGCGGUAAGAUUUCAAUAAGUACGGAGCUAACACGAAAACUACUCACAAAAUGGUUGUGUGACCGACCUCAAGCGGUUGUCUCUUGAGCAUUGCGGCCACGCUCUCAGGUCACUAAAACCACCUCUAAUCCAAUUUCCUUUUCAGGUACCUCCAGAAGAACCCUUCCACGGUGUGGGCAACCGGGAAGUGAUAACCGUCUUCAUACCUAUAACAGCACUCAAGACCAUUGUACUCAUAACCAACCUCCGUCUUUUGACUGACUGACUUUUGUUAUGAGAGUGUUAGAGAGAGAUACAGGGAAAAUGGUAAAAUCUGAAAAUUUCUAGAUUUUCAAUCGAAUUAUCAAAAAGUGAUAAAAAUCAAAGUAAUAACCCAUUAAAAUUCUUAAACUACUUACUCAAGUCUGUUACUCCCAACAGAGCAUAGACCGCCGGUUAACAUACUCCAACCCAUUCUGUCCUGGUCCUUUAUUUCUAAUCUUAUCCAAUUGUUGUUCAUUCUUUUCAUAUCUGUCUUAAUUUCUCAGUGUAAUUUGUUAUUUGGUCUUUCUCUCUUCCUUUGUGGUUGAGGAUUCCAUGUGAGGGCUAGCCUCGCGACGCAGUUGGGUGCUUUCCUCAAUAUGUGUCCUAUCCACUUCCAGUGAUUCUUCUUGAUUUCUUCCUCCGCUGGGAUCUGGUUUGUUCUCUCCCACAGUAGAUUGUUGCUGAUAGUGUUAGGCCAACGAAUCUGUACUAUUUUGCGUAGACAACUGUUAAUAGAUACCUGUAUCAUCUAGAUGAGGGCUUUCAUCAUUUUCCAAGUUUCCGCUCCAUACUGUGUUGACAUUUGUAUUGAAAAUCCUGACUGGUGUUGAUUGACAGUUGUUUUAAAUCCCAGAUGUUCUUCAGUCGUGAAUAUUUCUUCGAUAAUGUUGACUUCGGUAAAUUGAAUUGUUUGUGACGAAUAUUAUGUUUAUUUUUCCUUUAGUGCUGAUUGAUUUUCAUUGAUGAAGUUAAAAUAUGGGCCAUAAGUCGAAUUAACUGAACAUAGCUCGUACUAUGUUGAGAUGUUAAGUGGCUAAAAGUACUCAGUUACUUCGAUUAAUGGAAUCCGAUAAAUAUCAACCUGACAUUGGCCAGUACUCAGUGAUUAUUCAGUUGUAAAUAUCUCUGUUCUACAGGAGGUCAGUCGUGAUCUGAAUAGUUCUAUGAUAACAUAACAGACUGUGAAGCUAGGUGACUUGGGUUCUAAUCCCUUGGAGCACAUUGGUUUUCUCAACAUUGCAGGUACACGUCGCUGACGAGUACCAACUAGCACGAAACGCCGUGUAAUCAGUUUUUUUCAAAUCUUAACUCCUAUUAGACCACAAGUUACAUCCACCCCAGUGUCUAAUCAGAUAAUAAAGUUAGCAAGUACAUCUCUUCUCUGUUUUAUUCUAUUUGAUUGGAUAAUUCCAUUCAUACUAUCCGUAUUAAUUUCUUAAUCACACACCAUCAUAAAUGAUAAAAUGCACUAUAUGCAUGACUACACCAUAAGUUAAGGAGCAACUUAAUAAUUAAUUAACAGUGAAUUGAGAAAAGUAAAGUGUACAAUAAUACCUUAUGUGCCAUACCAAAGAUAUCUAUUAGAGUUAUACAAUAAACACCUUGACAAUAAUUCUUCAUAGGAUAGAUCUACGAAUUACAGGUUUCUCGAUAUUCGUCUCGUUAUAAUAGUUUCCUAUUAUAUCAGAUAACAAUGUUUAUGCUAAUUUUAUUUAACAUACCUCAGCUAGUUUCUUGUUAUCAAUUACUAAUGAAUAAAGUAUCAUUAUUUCCCGAUACAAGACCAGGUAUGGCAACUUGGACCAAUGCACAUGUGUGCCUGGUCCUACGUUGUAGCUGAUUGACUGACAAAAUCAGCUUAUAAAUAUAAUUCUCUCUGUGAUAUUUUUCCUCAGACUGAUAAAUCUAACCGUCAAAUGCCUACACCUCCAUGGAUGAUUAGUGACAAUGAGUCAUUACGGGAUUCUGAUGAAUUUGACUCUGAUCAUAAUAAAAAAGUACAUACUCCCUGUGUGAACAAUCAACGUCCAUGUAUUGACAAUUGGAAAGCAGAAGUGUCCAAUGCUAAACCAUUAAACGAGGUAAAUUUCACUUUUAUUUUCUUUCUGUUAAAUUUCGGAAAUUCAAAACUUGCAAAUAGUGAUCAGUUUUGUACUCAAAAGAAUCUUAAACAAACAGUUCCCAACUGCUUCUUAGUCUCUAAACUUCCUUCAUUAUUGGAUUUAAAAUAAGAAAAGAAAAGACGCAGAUAGCCAUUCACGACAUUGUUCGGAUAUUCGCUUACCAAGUGCAUACUUUGUACGCUAAUCGGUAAUUGCCCACUUAGUCAAUCACAAUGUAUAACCUUGUAUGUAUGUACAUCAGUUCAAGUUGACAUACCCCAUUAGCACACAGAGAUGAAAUUGUCAGAUCAAACCCUACAAUAAUAGAGGUAGUUGCAAUAUCAAUAGUAGUAGAAAAGAUUAAGCAUCGAAUAUGUCAUUUAAGAAGAAAAUAGAAAUUAGUGGGAUAUGAACAUAAACAAGACUAUGAGGAAACUAGAAUUUGGGGUAAGACAGUUAAUGGAUGGACCUGCGUCAUUACAAACAAACCUGAGCUACGUCACUUAAAGUCCCUAACCACUGGUUAUGAUAAUCACAUUGACACCAACCAUGUUGUCCACACCUGUUAACAUGACUCAGUCAAAAUGGUAAUGACUUCUUGAACUGAUGCCACGUUCUGGUUUGACCGCCCUUACAUUUCUCUAACCGACUCCCACAACAGACGAUAUCGUCCGUCCAAGUAGGCAUCGUAUUCCGACAUUAGAAAGCCUAGUAUUUGUAGUCACUAUUUGUUAAUAAGUGUACCAGCGAUUGAUCUCCACCGCGAUGCGCACUGCUGAUGAGUCCCAUGGUAUGACAGAAAUAUCAUCCAGUAAUGCUUUUUAGUUCUCUGUGCUUGUUUAGCUAAUGACAAUCUGUUUAUAUAGACGAAAAACUGAACAAUCGCAACCAGUUCCCCAAAUAGUGAUAACUAUUUGAUCGAUUAAAGAUUACAGUAGCAUUGUAAACAUAAAUGCUUUUUGAGACCUGUUUAUUCUUUCUCUACCUUUAAAAUAAUAUUCCAUAACAAUGUACUUUGGAUUACUUUUGUUUUGUUUUGUAGACCAAUAAAGGUCAUCGUUUAUUGCAAAAACUUGGUUGGAAACCUGGUGAUAAAUUAGGGCAAAAUGGUAAAGGUCUAAUCACACCAGUCAACUGUAAAGAAGAUAGUCAUUCGUUUGCGAUAUGAUUGAGACAUCCCCUUUUUAAGUAUUUUUUGUAAUUACUAAUCUGUUUUUCACGCUGCAAAGUGCUUGUAUAUAAAUAGUAUGUAAUUCUAAUGUUACAAUCAGAUAUGGUGCUUUCUUUUGUUGGAAAUAACAUCAAAGGACUAAAUUUUAAUCAUUACAUUUUACAUAUUCAAAUGUGUCCUUCAAUUGAUAUCUACUUACGUACUUACUUACGCCUGUUACUCCCAGUGGAGCAUAGGUCGCCGACCGGCAUUCUCCAACCCACUCUGUUCUGGGAACUGAUUUUUACUUUCAUGUAUAUACUGUUGUUAAUGUCUUUUUCCAUGAAUCAAUCAAAAUAGUCUGUGAUUCCUUUUUUGUCUUUUUCCAAUGUUGAAUUUUUGUUCCUAAUCGGUGUUCUUUCUUCUUUCAGUCUUAUUCAGUUGAAUAAAUUGUUUGUUUAAUAAAUUACUUCUGAUGAUGUUGUGCAUCGACCCCCACUUGUUAUAGGAAUUUCCUUUAAAACGACUAUGAAAAAAACAUCUUGAUUAAACUAUUUACCUCACGGAAUAUAACAUUAUUUAAUUAUUUGAACACAUAAAUAUUGGUACAAGGGGGCACCAAAUAUAUAUGCGCCACACAAAACAAUGAGAGUGGGAAGAGAGAAAAAAGAAGGUAAGGAGCAUAAAAGAAAAAAAAGAACAAUAACCACCAGAUUAGUGUAACAUAGUGUAGUAAUAAUAAUAAUAAU